CUCCUCUUUUCUGAUGUUCUUGUUCCUUUUGCUCUCUCAAAUCCGGACCCCGGUCGGGUCAAGAGUUGCUGCUGAGUGGGCCGAUGAAGAAUCCCCACUAAGGCAGGGAGUGCAGGUGCGCAACCGAACUCGCCGGUGUGUGCUGAAGCCCAGAAUGACAAGAUCGCAAGCGAGAUCAUGCUCUUUCAAACCUGGGGAAGCUAAGCGGCCUCGGGAAUGCACCGGCAGUCCUAGGCUUGUGGAUAUCCGAAGAAUGCCGAGCUAGCAGCAGGCCAGAGACAAUGGAUCGAGUUGAGGCUCCCUCGAGGCUCCCAGGACGCG